AUACUCAUUAUUCUCCAGUAUAUCUGACCAAACAUGUAACAGACUUAAACCCUAAUAAAUGAUCCUCCGUACAAUGCACCUCUCCCUCUCAAGCAAAGUUAAAAGGCCACCUUCUGUUUUGUUCCCCUUUGACUCUAUAUAACACACAGUAACUCCUCUGUAGCUAUUCUUCCUUAGAUCCUCAGCAAACUCAAACUCAAAUAUCUCUUUCUAUAUAUCUACGGGGAGUAUCAUCAUCAUUCAUCACCUGUCUGUUGGGGAAUAUGAAGAGGACACAUUUGGCAAGUUUCAGCAACAGAAGCAUAACCAGAGAAGAAGAAGAAGAAGAAGAAGAAGAAGAAGACACUGAUGGUGAUCACAACAGAGUCAUCAUGAAUCACUACAAGAGUUACGAAACUGGGCUGAUCCCAUGGCCUCCCAAGAACUACAUUUGCAGCUUCUGCAGGCGAGAGUUUAGAUCUGCUCAAGCACUUGGAGGCCACAUGAAUGUCCAUAGAAGAGACAGGGCAAAACUCAGACAGAUCCCUUCUUGGCUAUUCGAACCUCAGCACCACAUACCAAUUGCAAACCCUAACCCUAAUAUUAGAUCUUCAUCUUCCGCUUCAACAACACCAGCUCCCCUUGAGCCUUCCCUAACCAACCAGAGAUCCAAAAAAACUCCUUUUCCUUCUGCCCGGUUCGAUCUCUUGGACAGUACUACUACUCGCUACGGAGGUUUGAUGGUGGACAGAGAGAAGAACAAGAGCAAUGUAUGUAGCAGAGAGCUCAAGAACGGUGUCAUGAUCGAUGCAUGUAAUUCUGUAAGAUGUGAGAUCAGCCGUGGGGAUCUGAUGAACCAGAAAGAUGAUCAACUCAUGGGGUUGGAGCUUGGGAUGAGUUUGAGGAAUCCCAACCAAGUUCUUGAUUUGGAGCUUCGACUUGGAUACCUUUAGAUUCAUUUGAUUAGUAAUUUUAAUUAAUAUAAGCAGUAUAUGCAUGAUGGUAUAGCUGAGCAGUGAGCAAGUGAUUGUGAUUGCGUUCAGGCUAAUGGUAUUAAAUAGUAUUAGGCUUAAAUUUAAUGGAGGUCAGAAAAAAAAUAAACAAAAUAAAGUUGAAAAAGCCUCCAAAAUUCUAUAUAGGUUUGUAGUUGUACCUUUUUAUAAAGAAAUAUUUA